UGGGGGGCGGGCACCACCCUUCCCAGAGCAGGAACCUGGCUGGGACAAGGGCACCCGCUCCCAGGGAGGGGAACAGACUCUUGGCAGUGGCUGACAAAGGACGCCAGGCAGCACCCAGGUGGCAGCUGCCUUAGAAACUGAAUCUUAUCAGCCAUCAGGGAACGGAUCACCUGCACCCUCCCUCCUCUGGAAGCCGUAAAUGGUCCUCUGGAGUCAGGGACGUGGGGGGACACUCGCUCCUUUAAAGCUGCGCGCGGCCUCCAGUCGGGUGUUCCAAGGAGGUGCCAUGUCCACCCUGUACCCAUCUCUGGAGGACCUGAAGAUGGACCAAGCUAUUCAGGCCCAGGCCAGAGCUGCAUCCAGGAUGCCUGCCCUGCCAGUCUCCCAGUCUUCAGUUUUGUACCCAAGCCUGGCAGAAUUGGAAAAUUACAUGGGUCUUUCCCUCUCCAGCCAAGAAGUCCAGCAGAACCUGCUUCAGAUUCCAGAAGGUGCUACCACAGUGAGCUCUGGCCCCUCACCAGGCCAGUUGGUGGCACCACUAUCUGGGAACAGCCUUGGCACACGGCGUGCGGAGAUCAAGCCUGGGGUACGUGAGAUCCAGCUGUGCAAGGACGAGCAUGGCAAGACAGGGCUGCGGCUGAAGGCUAUUGACCAGGGGCUCUUUGUGCAGCUGGUGAAGGCCCACAGCCCUGCGUCUCUUGUGGGGCUACGCUUCGGGGAUCAGAUCCUGCAGGUUGACGGGCGUGACUGUGCCGGGUGGAGCAUGGAUAGAGCCCACCGGGUGCUGAAGAGGGCGUCGGCCGAGAAAAUCAUCAUGGUCGUUCGGGACAGGCCCUUCCAGCGGACGGUCACCAUGCACAAGGACAGCGUGGGCCACAUUGGCUUUGUCCUCAAGAAGGGAAAGGUGGUCUCUGUGGUCAAAGGGAGUUCUGCGGCCCACAACGGGCUCCUCACCAACCACACCGUGUGUGAGGUGAACGGGCAGAACGUCGUCGGGCUGAAGGACAAAGAGGUCACAGAGAUUCUGGCCAUGGCCGGGAAUGUUGUCACCUUGACCGUCAUCCCCACCGUGAUCUACGAGCACAUGGUCAAAAAGUUGUCCCCCACCCUGCUGCACCACACCAUGGACCACUCGAUCCCCGCCGUCUGAAGCCGGGAGAGAGAAGCUCAGCCGUCCUAGCCUCCCACCCUCCUGCAGGAAAGGGCGAGUCCUAGAUGCCGGGGGAGGCCGGCUGCCACGCCAGGGCUGUCCUGAGGGGGCACCUUCUGGGUGGGCAGCCACUGAGGCACAGGCCCCCUCAGGGCCUCCGGCUGGGAGCUGCACAAGGUCCCAUAGGCAGUGACUCCCUGUGCCGGUUGAAAUGCGGGGCACGCAGGCAGGCUGGCCAAACACUUGUUAAAGUUGCCACUGGGUCCCUUGUAAGAUUUUUGCUGCCUCUACCAGCAAAACAGUUUCACAUUUUGAGAGAACACAACUUCAUUCUUUGUUACUUUUUUUUUUUCCUCUUGGCUUGCUGUGUGUCACAAACUGUACAUAGUACCACUGCUUUUGAAUAGAUGGGAUUUUAAAUACAAGCCCUCUUCAAAAGUAAUUGAAAAUUCCAGAAUCCUUGGUCCCAUGACAUGCCAGGCCUGGUUUUCUUCUAAGCAGAGGUGAAAAGUGGUCUCUGAGAGCAGAGAUUUGGCCAGUCCUGAGGUGGCAGUGACUGGAGAGGGGGAGCCAUGUCGGCCUCCUUCCACAUCUGUGGGGUGGACAGGAGGCCCACUUCAGGGGUGCAGGAGGGCCUGCGGUGCACUGGAAGGCCCAGCAAGGCUGACCCUUGCCGGGGGGUUGGGGGGGUGCAGGGGAGGCCCUUCUAGAUCCUAGAUCCUUUGUGGGACCCAGGACGGGAGUGACCAUCCCAUGCUGCGAUAGGCACACGGCGGUGCUGAGCCAGCACGCGGCUCUCUGGUUCCCUCCACCUCAGAAGGGAGCUCUUUCCCCUCAGCCCUUCCCUGUGUGUCCACUGUGCCUCCCAACUUGGUAG